GCAGCAGAAUCAUCCCGUCGUCCUCAUCGUCGUCGUCUUGGUUUGUGCUCAACUCCAACUUAUUCCUCGCUCUCUCUUCUGCAAGUUUAUAGCUUAGUGAGCUUUCACCGUCGACCAGUUUCACAAUUCGAAUUCAUUCACACACAGCUCCCCUGCACCGAAGAACAUACAGCUUUGUGGAAAAUAUCCUCUCGAAUCUCCUCACACUGACUGACUCUCCCUCUCCUCCUUCUCAUCAUCAAAGUCCCCGUAUGGACUUUGUCAGAUAGUGGGGUAAGGAUUUUGCGUCUCAUUGCGUUUCGGAUUUUGUCCAUCUUCUUGUCUUCUUUUGUAAGACGCGUUUCUCUUUAUUUUUCUUACAAAGAGUGGAGACUUUGCCCAUCGUGAAAGUAGCAGUGUCAGAAGAGAAAGUUGGUCAAUAUGCAAUUCGGGGAGACUUGAUACAACUACUUUGUCCUCCAUUUCGGGACAAAUUGCUGGUCGUGAUUGAGCCAUUUUGACUCUUUUUAGCAUGGAUUAGUUCCCUGAUGCACAGGAAAUCGUAAUUAAUCCAUGUCACCGUGGUCAAUUACCCUUCUGCGUUUGAGCUCUUGGUAUAAAAAUAAAUUUGGCGACUCUUCCACUUCAUCGUUGGUCACAGAUGUGUCAUUAAGUAGCAAACUCGCCAAGAGAUCAUUUACACUGACGGAGUAGUUUUUCCGACAACUGACCUCGCUCAGCGGACUGUCAUCUGGCACACGUGUAAAAAAAGAGAGAAAAAGAAGAAAGUUAGCUUGACUCAAUUUCAGUUCACAAAUGUUUUCUUCCCUCUUUCACAAAACUGAGGGAAGCCGAAAUGUGGCCGCUUGGAUAAGCGAGUGAGCAGUGAAAAGUUGUUUUAGAGAGCAAAAGUUGCUAGUUUUUGAGACUAUAUUUCCAUCCACCCAACCCAACAAAAGUAACCCAUUUGUAACCGAUUUGUGUGCAUGACAGGGUUGACUGGCAUAUCAUCAGACGUAUUUUGUUGUUUUUACAACAAGGACAAAUCGUCUGCAUAAGAAAACCAUGCGGAGAAAGUUGAAGCCGAUAAGCCCCAUCUCCGAGCACCGUUCCAGGACAUUUACUCCUGAUCUGGAAUAAACGGAAACAUUUGGUGUACCCACCAGACAAAACUGGACAUCGUUUCGGCCAGGAAACUGGUCAAGAGAGAAAAAUGAAAGCAAUUCAAAUUGCUAUAUAAAGAACUCUUAUUUACAGAAUUAGAACGUUGUGGUUGUUUUCUUGCGAGUGUGUCAAAAGUUUAUUAAUCAUCUUUCUUUCCACGCAUUAUUGUGAGUACUCGAGUCUAUUGGGGUCGACCUCUUUAUAAAGAAGAAAAAGGAAGGAAGAAGUCCAUCCGUGUGCAAUUGUUGAUAGUUUGCGCUACAUUUGUUUGUUUGUUUCUUAAAAGUGAACAAGUUCCUUUUUUUCUCUUAAAAAUUGAGUGUGUGCAAAACAAGGGAAAUUUGCAAAGGCUCAACUAUGGAUUCUUCUCAUGGAAGCAGCAUGAACCACGGAUAUCAACUUCUCCUUCGUCUACUUUUCUUGCUACUCGUGGGGACGGGGAUGACUUGGUGCGAUGACCACGAGAUCCGCUUGAUGAAGCACUUAAUGCUAGAUUACGACGCAUCUGUCCGCCCAGCCGCCCACCACAGCCAAGCACUCUCGGUCAAUUUCAGUCUUUCACUUCAUCACAUUAUCGACGUCGAUGAAAAGAAUCAAAUUCUCACGACGAGCUGCUGGUUAACACAAAUCUGGAUGGAUAACCACUUAACGUGGAAUGAGACUGAUUUUGGAGGCGUUACAGUGAUUCGACUCCCCUACUUCAAGGUUUGGAGGCCGGAUAUCAUUUUGUACAAUAAUGCUGACUCUCAAUACCAGUCCUCCGUGAUCAACACGAAUGUCAUCGUCGCGAACAAUGGCGAAGUGACGUGGCUGAGUCAUGGGAUUUACAAAAGCUCCUGCGACAUAAAUGUGGAGUACUUUCCCUUCGAUAUCCAAAACUGCACUUUGAAAUGGGCUUCAUGGACUUAUGACGGUUAUCAGUUAGAUCUGGUGAUUACGACGGAGGAGGGGGACAUUAGCAACUACCAUGCAAACGGAGAGUUUGACCUCAUCGGCUUAAGUGCAUUUCGACAUGUGCAGAUUUAUUCGUGUUGUCCAGAGCCUUAUCCAGACGUCACUUAUACCAUAACGAUGAAGCGAAGACCAAUGUUUUACGUUUUCAACCUGAUAAUACCCUGUCUGCUUAUCAACGGAAUAGCACUGCUCGUCUUUUUCGUUCCAUGCGACAGUGGGGAGAAGGUGACACUUGGAAUUUCAGCUCUUUUGUCAAUGACCGUCUUUCUCAUGACAAUUAGGGAGAGUCUUCCUCCCACGGAGAAAACUCCGCUAAUUGCUCUCUACUACGGCGUUUCCAUCUGCAUAGUCACCUUCGCAUCCGCCUUGGCUGUGUUUACAUUAAACAUUCACCAUCGCGGUUUCCGAGGUGUGACCGUUCCGAGAUUGUUGCGAUUCAUCUGUCUUAAAAUCCUGGCAAAAGUCCUCCUAAUCCAAGGAGACCCGGAGGAAAGUACUGCUACCGUUGAGCAGAAGGAAUCUCAGCUCGAUGCUUUUCGCGAAUUGAGACUCCAACUCAAUGGUCUUCACCCAGCAAUUAGGCUAGAUUCCCGAAGUGCUUCAAGGAAAUACGACUACACGGAUGUGGUCCAACGAUCCCCACGUUUCGAGCCCAAGACGACGAAUGUCGUGGGAACUGGUGGUGGAGGUUCGGCUGGUGGAACGGGUACGGGACAGCCAGCCUCGCUCGAAGACAUUGACCACAAGUUUAGUCGGAUUGCUUCCAAGAUUUGUGAAACGAUUGAACGUUGCGAGUUGAGAACGGCAGCGCAGACGAAACAGGAUGCAAAUCAGCUCGAGUGGAAAAAGAUUGCGUUGGUUUGUGACAGAUUUUUGUUUUGGGCUUUUACCAUCGUCACUGCCGUUUCUGCGACGCUCAUCCUGUUCUCGUCACCGUAUGGACCUACAUUUUCCAUGUUUUACGAUAUUUAAAUGAGAUAUCAAAACAUGAUGAUACUAAUUAUGCUCUCGUAUACUGUGCUGAUGCCAUAAUAUUCUUAUGCGUUUUUGUAGACGAGCGUUGUCAAAUGUAUACUCGUGGGAAAUUAUUUAAUAUUGUCAUUGUUUACAAAACGCAUUUGCAUGUAUUUGCAUAUAUUUGCAGAUUUGUUUUUGCAUACGUGUGUAAGUGUGGUAUGGUGCUAAAUAGGUAUCUACACGUAAGUUAUACGGUAAGAUAGAUGACUAUAUAUUGUCACAUUUCGUAAUUAAUUACUGCAUACGGUGGUAUUCUGUAUGUCACUUUGUGAUGAUCAUGAGAGGUUGCGUGACAUAUUUUGUCUGAAUAUUAAAAAAUUUCACAUUCAAUAUGAAAUUUCAUAUUUCUUAAGUUUGUCAUAAAUAGCUAAUCAUCCUCUUGUACAUAAAGAUGCACAAUUUCUGUAUUCACAAUGUAUGUACUUACAACUUGGAAAUUUAUAUUUAAGCCAGAGUAAAAUAUAAUUAGAGCUUAACGACAAAUCUAUUACGUUACCCUAAAUAUUUAAGUAUGUAAAGUUAAAAAAAAUAUUAACAACUCUACUCUACUCACUAUAACCCAGGGUUCAUACCUCUAUAUGAAUCGACACGUUUUACAGUUACGUAAAUAUGUAUGUAUAUGCCUAAGGAUAAGUAAGCUGUAUUUAAAUAUACUUUCAUUUUUCCCCACAUACCUACUUAUUUUUAUGUCAUACUACAUAUAUUACGUAACAUAUAUACUUAAGCAUUUAUUGUAUAACUGGAUCUACUACAGCAUACGUAAAAUAAAGAACACAAAAUUACUUGGAUUACGUAAAACCGUACCCAGACUAAACAUGA